GCUGUCUGUAAGAUCCAUCACAUUACGCACAGCGGACCUGUUCUUGCGUUAUUAUGACUGCGCAGGAUAUCAUGAGGCACAUGGAGUAGACAGCCAAGAUGGAAAACUUCAGCAUGACAUGGCUGUGGAUUGUUUUUGCAUCGCAUUUGUUUUUUCUGCCACCGACAGGCUUGUGCAAGCCCGUAAUCUCCCCCAGCGGGCCUCACAUUGUUGUUCCCAAGCGGGGGAGGCUGGAGCUCUAUUGCCAUGACGAUGCCACCAGGCCUGGCGCCACAUCCAGGUUGAGGUGGCAGAGAGAAAAGGCUCGCAGACUGGAGGGAGAGGCGCAGGAGGGCGGCGUGGCUGUCGUCAAGGUGCCUGCGGUGCAAGCCUACCACAUGGGCCGCUACGUGUGCGUCAACAACAGCACACUGGAGCGCACUUCCAUCUACGUAUAUGUGAACGACCCCGUCAACGCCUUCCAGCGCACCAUGGUCAACGUCAUCCUGGUGCGCGAGGGCGAGAACUGCACCAUUCCCUGCCUCGUGACCAACCCGGAGGUCACGCUGCCGGCUUUGCAGACGUGUGACGGGCGACCUUUGCCCUCCGCCAUGAGCUACUGGACCCAUCACGAGCAGGGCGUCGUCAUUGGCAAUGCGAGGAAGGAGUUUGAAGGCUGCUACGUGUGUGUGGGACAGCUCGGAGCAGAUAAAGUGACGUCGAGCCGAUACACCGUAGACGUGCGGCUAGUUCCAGAAGUGCUUCCAGUCAUCACGUUGUCCCAGAGGGAUAAGGUUAUCUUACGGAAAGGAGAGAAGUUAGAGCUUACUUGUAGCUCCUCCAAUGUCAACCCGGACUUCGAUGUCAAGUGGGACUAUCCUUCAACAGCGCAUCCAGAGGAGGCGCACACUUCACACAUCCUGUCCGGCUCUCGGGGUUAUCAACGUUCCUCCCGGCUCUCGAUCGGACGGGUAAAGCGAGCCGACUCGGGGACCUACCGCUGCUCGGCCCGCAACGAGAGAGGCGGCAGCUCCACAGCGCUCCACCUGGAUGUCUGCGAUAUUGGGUUCAUUACCAUGUUAAGCCACCCGAGUCCCGUCCGGGCCGGCGUCCGAGAGGGGGAGAGCCUGAAUCUCAGAGUGGAGUUUGAGGCCUACCCAUCACCCGGCGUCCCGUCCUGGUCUUACAACGGCAAACGACUGCUCAACACCACAGAGCACGUCAUCACUAUCCACCAACACAAAUACAGGUUCAUUAGCGAGCUGAAACUGGUGAGAGUUCUUGGCUCGGAGGCUGGCAUCUACAAAUUCUCCGCCAGCCAUGAAGAUGCAUCAGUCGAACAUUUAUUUCACGUAUAUGUCAACAGUAAGCCGGUCAUCAUCGCGCAGGAAGGGCCAGUCGACGGUCAGGUGCGGUGCGUCGCCGCCGGUCACCCGGUUCCAAAAAUCAGAUGGUACAUCUGUGACAUUCCCCACACGAGGUGCUCACACCUGCCUAACGCCACCCAAUGGGAGACUGCGGAUGUUGCCAUGGUGACAGAGUCCGCCUUCAGUCGGAGUGAGGUGGAGAGCCGACUGAAUAUCAGCAAGGAGCAUGGCAACUACCAUACGCUGGAGUGUGUGGCCUCCACGGAGCGAGAGGAAGCUUAUACGCUCUUCUCCAUCAGCGAGCGACUCGUCCCGCAUAAACUGUUCACCCCGCUUCUAACUGGCAUGGUGGGCACUGGUGCCUUCCUCUGCCUCAUCCUGGUGGUGCUGCUCUAUAAGUACAUGCAGAAACCUAAAUUCCAAAUCCAGUGGAAAGUCAUCGAGAGCAUCCAUGACAACAACUACAUUUACUUUGACCCCACCCAGCUUCCUUACGACUCCAAAUGGGAAUUUCCUCGGCAGAAACUACGCUUUGGCAAAACUCUGGGUUCUGGAGCGUUUGGAAAAGUGGUGAAGGCCACGGCGUACGGCCUCUGCUCGGCUGACACAGUCACGACUGUCGCCGUCAAGCUGCUCAAGCCCAACGCACACGCCACGGAGAAGGAGGCGCUGAUGUCCGAGCUGAAGGUGCUCAGUUACCUCGGCAACCACAUGAACAUCGUCAACCUGCUGGGAGCCUGCACGGUCGCAGGUCCAAUUUUAGUUAUCACUGAAUACUGUUGCUAUGGCGACCUCCUCAACUUCCUGCGCAGAAAAAGAGAGUCCUUCCUAAAUUCCCAAACCGGCGACGGUUACUAUCGCAACGUCUCCAAGCAAACGGAGCCUGCAAGCAGAGCAGUGACUGGCACAGAAUAUAUGCCCAUGCGUCCCUCGGACAAAGAAAGGUCAUCCCAGUCAGAAGAUGUAGAUGAGCUUUCUUUGGCUGCUGAAGAUCUGCUGAGCUUCUCCUACCAAGUGGCCAAAGGGAUGGAGUACAUCACCUCGAAGAAUUGCAUCCACAGGGACCUCGCAGCCAGAAAUGUUCUACUGACUCACGGCAGGGUGGCCAAGAUCUGCGACUUUGGCUUGGCACGGGACAUCACCACCGACGCCAGCUACGUGCUCCGAGGAAAUGUGAGCUCUACGCUUCCUACUCUUUCAAUCCUUCCUUCGCCUGCCCCGGGAUUCUUGGUUGUCGAUAGUUGUCCUUCUGCCACGUCCUCGGAGAGGUUUUGUGCAUACAAUGCACGUCUCCCAGUCAAGUGGAUGUCUCCUGAGAGCAUCUUUGAUUGUGUCUACACUUAUGAGAGUGACGUGUGGUCCUACGGCAUCUUGCUAUGGGAAAUCUUCUCUUUGGGUAGCAGUCCCUAUCCCGGGAUGCACGUGGGCUCGGCAUUUUAUCGACUGAUUCAAGAGGGCCACAGGAUGAGCAGGCCUGAGUUUGCACCCAUUGAGCUGUAUGACAUGAUGUGCUCAUGCUGGAAUCAGGACCCUUUGAAAAGACCCUCUUUCAGAAAACUGGUCCAGAAGACUGAGCUUCUUCUGUCAGAAAACACCCGGAAUGUUUACCUGAAGCUGAGCAACGCUGCGGAUUCCUCGGUGCAUCAGAGGGCGCCGUCACGGAGGCUGAGCUCCGUGUGCAGCACCACGGCCCCCAACCAGCCUUUACUGCAGAGUACUGCAGACGUCUUCCUGGAUUAUGUCUGAAACACUCCUCACAAGUAGAAAAAGCAUACAAAAUGGUUGCACGUUACAUUCGAACUGGAAUAAUCUUGAGUCCUGCAGAAACACAUUCCACAAAUAUGGCCGACAUGCUGUGCUGAAACUGCUAUAUUUUGCCAUGGAAAUUCUAGAUUUUGCCAUUAUUUCAAAGAUAUAUAAAGGUUUUAUUAAGAAAACAAAUCAAGAAAAGCACUUGUUCCAUCCUAGCAACACUACUUUUGGAACUGGAUCCGACUAAAUUCUCAUGGAAACAGGCUGCAUACACGCACAUACCCGCCGACGCGGACCAAAUUCUUACUGAAAAAUACAAACCUCAAUGAAGUUGGGCCAUUGUGUAAAAUGUAAAUAAAAACAGAAUACAAUUAUUUGAAUCAUUUUCAACCUAUAUUCAACUGAAUAGACUCAAAAGACAAGAUAUUUAAGGUUCAAAGAAAUAAAACUUGUUUUUUUUACAAACAUUCCCUAAAAUCUGGGACAGGGGUAUGUUUACCACUGUGUUACAUCAUCUUUCCUUUCAACAACACUCAAUAAGCCUUUGGGAACGGAGGACGCUAAUUGUUGAGCCGUUGUCAGUGGAAUUCUUUCCCAUUGAUGAUGAUACAACUUCGGUUGGGGUGUCCAUUGUUGUAUUUUGUGCUUCAAAAUGAAAACUAAAAAGACUGCUUGGAUGGCAGCAUAUGUGGCUCCAAAACCUGUAUGUACCUUCCUACAUGAAUAGCGCCUUCACAGAUGUGCAAGUUACCCAUGCCGUGGGCACUAACACACCCACAUACAUCACAGAAGCUGGCUCUUGAACUUUGCGCUGAUAACAAUCCAGAUGGACCUAUUCUUCUUUGACCUGGACACAAAAUGUGCACUCAUCAGACCACUGCACACUUUUCCAGUUGACGUCAGUCCAUCUCAAAUGAGCUGUCUUUUUAGUGUAUUCAAUUGAAUGUAGGUUGAAAAUGAUUGUAUUCUGUCACGUCAUCGGAAUUGAGGUUUGUAAAUGUAGUGUAGUGUGCUUUACGAAACAAACACACACUAGAUACAACCUGCACUGCUCUCAGUAAUGUCCUGUCUAUUGAUCUGUGCAGUACGAUUUCAGGUGCACGUCAACAAAAAGCCAACUGCAGCACUAACUGCCCAUCGUGUACAACACGAGCGUCAGUGUGGCGGUCAGGGAGGCGUCCAUCCUGUGAUCAUAUCUUAAGCUUCCAUUUGGGAACAGUUUUUGCGGACUACAGUUUUAUUUCUGUCAGACUAGGCUAUCUUUGAAUAGGCAUGAGCCAGCAGCCUAAUAGCCAUCUUCCAGCAUCUUAAUUUAACAUCAGGACCAGAAACACAGAAAGAUUCUCUCGGUUUUAAUCACUAAAGACAGCCCCCCUCGCUAACUUAUUUUAAAAUCCAGACAACACACAGAAAGCUCUCAAAUCAUCUUGGUUUAAUCCAAGAAUUAGCUUGGGAGCUACCUUAAUUUAGCAAACUUGAAACCGAUGGGUCUCAUCUUGGUUUAAUCCAAAAAGUCGCCUGGUAGCGAAAGCUCUCCAAUUCAUCUUGUUUGUUUAAUCACCAAAGCAGCUCGUUAGUGACUUUAGCUUAGGACCAAGACUAGAAAUACAGAAAGAUGCCCAUUUAUUUAAGUUUUAUCACCAAAGUGGCUUGUUUGCUACCGUAGCUUGGCACCAAAACGCAAUUAAAAAGGCUCACUGAUUCUGUUGCUAUCUACAAUAUCUGAGCAACAAGAUCAAAAACACAGCAAAGCGCACUUAUUUGAAUUUAUUCCACAAUGUAACCUUAGACCCCUCAGUUUAGCACCAAGAUUGGAAACCGAGAAAGCUUGCGCGUUCUUUUUGUUCUUUAAUCCCCAACGUGGCUCAUUAGCUACCUUAGCAUGACAACUAGACACAUACAGCAAGUGUCCCCCACCACAGCAGCUAUACUAGCUCCACAAGAAAUGCUGACUGUUGCUAAAAUCCUUAAAAUAGCUGUAACUCAACGCUCUGCUUGAUGUACCUUUGUGGUUAAUAUGCAAGGUUUCCCUUACAAAUCAUCAGUCCAUUGGAACACAAUCAUCCAAUUGGCCUUAUAAAAGUCCUAGCCACUAUGUGACGUCUUCACUGAGUGUCAAAGCGGCAUGCGAGCGCAAACUCCUUGUAAAGUAACCCCCCUCCCCAAAACAGGAAAAAAAAAAAAAGAGAGAAGAA